UUUAUAUUCACAAUCUUUAAAUUCUUGAUGAGUAUAAUGUGGAACUAGAUUACCACCUACAGUGCGUAAAAGACAUAUUAUUCACAUCGGUGUGACUGAUCGUUUGUUCUCAGUCGUUCCAUCCAAGAAAAACAUUGCGAACUAAGGCGUUAAUCCCGAAAUUAGUAGCAAGUCGAAAACAAGUCUAAUAUCCUCUACUUUCUGGAAAAGCCAUGACUGGUUGUAGCUUAAUAUUAAGACUUACGCGUGUGGAACCGAACGGGUUUUACGCAAACGUCAGAACGACAUUUAGGUCAUGAGCUUAUGCGAUCUAAAUUGGCUCACUGCGAAAUGUGAAGUGAAUAACAGAGACGCAGCAUUUACACCAAAGAAUUCGCAAAAUUCAAAUAUCGUCUCCUAGCCGUGAUACAUCCGGUCGAUUAAAUCGAUUGACACUGGCGUGAUAGUAAAGCGGGUCGUAGACGCCUACGUAUUAUAGUUCGCAUUCCGUAGAUGAACAAACGUUUAAAAUGACUGUUAAAACCCUCUAGAAUGAGUGUAUAGCCGAGCUGCGUGUAGCCAAUGGAUAAAAAUAAAUGUACAUUUUAUUGGGUUCUCUUAAUAACAAACAAAUGAAGCCAAAUUAUUAAAAUGGCCAUUAAAAGCAAGGUCGCUUAUUGAUCACCCUAAAAGGGAAUACAGCGAAUUAUCGAUAUUUAUGGAAAACCCAUUUCAUCAUGGAAAAGGUUGAACGCCCGAAAAAAAGUAAAACAAAAGAAUUGUGAUUUAUUAGUCUGGUGGCUCGUGGAAGAGCCCAGUAUUUGUUUUAUGCUUCGUCGACUUUGAUGCCUUUUUUCCAAAUUUUGGUGGUGGAACUUUCACUUUAGCAUUUUUUGGAAAACUGAGUGACAUAUACGGAUCUAAUAAAUAUGUACUACAUGUCUUAUACUUCCUCGUUGCCAUGUUGAAACAGAACCAUUCUAAACAAGAAGAAACAGUUUUUGACGAUCUGACGAAAGCGAUGCAUAAACGAAUUUUUGAACUUACCAAAAACAGCUUUAUAACACGACGUAGACUCGGAUUCCAAGACGACCGAGUCUCGGAUUUAGCACUCGAGUAUUUUGGCACAGACAGGACAUUUACAAAUUUUACAUCACAGAGCUUUGACAAAUAAAAUUUUGCAGCUGGUGUUCCCCACAACAUCCACGAGACCAGCAUUUUUGCUAAGCGAAUCGUCACGUUCGCACAAUAAUGACAUAAAAGGAGGGUAAUCUAGCAUCUUCCGUGGGCAGUUUUCAGGGCUUCAAAGGAGACCGAGGUUUCAAGUAUUUUUUUAUUUGUAUUCUUAACAAUAUCUUCCUUGGCUGAUCGACUUGACCUACUUCCACUGAAAGCAAUAUUAACCACACCUCUUGAGAUCCAAUUCAACAACAUUCAGCAUCCGCUUACGUUCUCAUUCUUUGACUGACUGAAGACGAAGUUAGAGGCAAGUUGUUCGUGAAAAACUAUAAAACUUUUCCGGCGAGAUCGAUGAAGUUUAGAGCAACCCCAUCAAAUCCGCCUUGCCCAUCCGCCAGCAAACAUGCCUUACACCCAAGCUUUUCAUGUCGCUCCACCAUUUCUAGCAGCCAGCAGUCAAAGAUGUCUCAGUCGAAACUCAACGACCCAACUGGCUUGACGUGUGCUCUCCUCUUUCUCACAAGCCCACAUAUGAUAGUCCCGUCAUAUAAGAAGAUCUCGCACAACUCGUUUCAAACGUCACUAGGAUUUACGGGCUUUAUAGCCGGAUCAAGCAACAAUGUGUUUUUGUUGAAACUGCGGUCGUGAGUGGACCGAAAAAAGCGGUUAUGGGCCAUACGUUGCAAGGACAGCUGCUUGAAAAUGGAUCAGUGGUGAUUGACGGGUACGGGACAGUGACCACGGAUGAAUAUAGAGGCGCAGUGAUUAGUGCGUUUUAUUAUCUUCACGAGCCGUCAAAGUUAAUCGUCCUCGCUCUUUAUUGCAUCGUUUUCUUGGUAGCUGCUGUUACCAAUCUUCUUGUCAUUGUCGUCAUCUUUCGUUAUCAGCAUCUUCACAGUGUCACCAAUUAUUUUCUGGUCAACUUGUCGGUGGCAGAUCUUCUGGUGACACUGAUUUGCAUGCCAAUGGCCAUGUCGCAAAACAUUACGGUUAUUUGGUUCUACGGGCUUUUUAUGUGCAAGUUUGCCACCUAUCUCCAAGGGGUGGCUGCCAGUUCCAGUAUGUUUUCUAUUUUGGCCAUGAGCAUAGAUAGAUACUUUGCCAUUCGUCACCCGAUCGUCUUUCGACAAUUUUUCAACAAACGCGUAGCACGGUGCGUCAUUCUUUCUAUUUGGGUGGUAGCUAGCCUCGUCUUUGUGCCCGUUCUUGUCGUCCAGCACGAAGAGACAAUCACUCUUCGCGGAGAAAAAAGUGAACUGGUUAUUUGCAAAGUCUGCAAACAGGGAUGGGAAGAAAACUGGAACAAAAUAGCGUACAGUAUUUUUUUGUUUGUCGCCACCUACGUCCUGCCCGUCUUGCUAGUGGUCACAGCUUACGUCCGUAUGGGGUGCAAAUUGUGCACGCCCAGCAUUCUGACCAACAAUCACGACGGAGGUGAAAUAAUCCUGAACAGGGAUUCUCGAUUGUUGAACUGCCGUCGUCGCGUAGCUCGUACGCUCUUGAUCAUAGCGGUCGUGUUUGCCGUUUGUUGGAUGCCCUACAACCUGACGCAGCUGUUUCUCGACACGAUGGAGAACGACCAAUUAAAAGAAAUGGAUAAAACGGCACCCCACCUGUUGAUGGUGCAUUCCUUCAGUUUGUGGUUGGGUCACGCUAAUUCUGCAAUCAAUCCGCUUCUUUAUUGCGUUUUGUCACGCAACAUCCGCCAAUCGGUUGCAAAUCUCUUUCGACCAACAGGGAGGAACCUCCGCAACAGUUCCGAACCCGUGGAAAUGCUGAGACGUCGAGCUCCCGUCAAUAAAAACCGUGAACCAAUAGUAAAAAAUGGAGGCUCAAACCUGAAUCACUGCCAGCCUGAUCCGCAGUUUCAUCAAGAACAUCGUACCAUUGCAAAUCCGCCUGAAAGAGAUUUGAUCGUCAUGAACCGUCUAUCACCGCUAACGCCGCCGUCCAUUAAAAGGCUGAUGGGGUCGCAUACACAGAGCUUUAUCACCAUAGCGCUGUUGCCCAUGAAAAUUGUUUCUUUCGACAAACUAAUGCAGCAUUCAAAUAAAUCAACAGUAUGCUAAUGUUUCAUGCAUGAACGCGUUGGUAUAAUAGCGAUCGCGGCAAAGAGUGUAGGAGAUCCUGGAGAAACGGAAGAUUUGGAUCCGACACCCAAUAACUGCUAUUCAAUUUAAACGUAGUGUAUUCCAGAAUUGGUGUAAUGUCGUAUUAUACUUUCGUCGCUGUGACAACCCAGCCAUGAUCAAACCCAAUCCUCCCCUCACUUGAAAUCAAAUAAGGCACUUGCUGUCUGAUUAUAGCCAACAAAAGAACGCAUUUCUCUUUGCCGAUUUUUUUCUUUUUACCGUAGUCACCCAGACUCUUUUCUCUGUCUCUUUUAUAACACACGAACAUCUAUUUCUGAGAGCUUACUUAUGAUAUUCACUUAUUCAUUUGCCGAGUGUCUAUUUUAUUAUUUUACCUGGAAAAUCCAUCAUCAAUGGUACGUUGAUCCAAUUGCUCCCAAAACAUCACACUCUUCACGACGACACGAAUUCUCAUUUUGCAUAGAAUAAUUGUCCCAGUUUGCACCACUUUCAAACUCGUAGUCAACCUUGGCGAAUUCGUAUUAGCCUCUGCCAAUAAUAUAAGUCGCUCUAGACUUUGAUCUCUACCUCUUCAUUUAUGAUUACACCCAUCAGUAUCGUAUCCCCAAAUCCGGAUCAUCAAAUACUCUGAGCAUUUCUUUGCCACUUUACGUAUACACCUAAAACAAAUAACAUGAUGCUGUGUUGUCUCGAUUUAUUUAUGUCUGUAUUUUAACUAUUAUCGAUGUUUACGUGUUUUGUAAAUUAACACCCUCAAAUGUGUAUAUUUUUUAUGUAAUACAAAAUAAUCAGCCUAA